UUCAAACACAAGUAAUUAAACAUAUAAACAACUACAAUUUCUAUUACUCCUAUAAUUUUAUAAUUAAAUUCUCUAACUAAAUCAAUUAUUUAUUCUCAAACAUAAAUCACGAGAAUUUCAAUAGACUACGGAAGCUCCACGACUACUCCAGGAUCCAUGAUUGAGUCAACCGAAUAAAAAAACAAUCAAGACCAACAGCAUUCCCACCAAAGCCCGAUCAUCCCUGAUCACAAACCUCGCAAACAAUCACAGAAUCAGAUACAUAAUUACAGAAUUCCAAAGAUGCAGGUGGUAAAUGCUGUAGCUCUAGCUCGUUUUGCAUUCAGAAACACUGCAGAAAGAUUAGGAUCCGAACUUGAAUUUGGGACACCAUGGUGGUUCAUCUAUGCUGGAAUCUGCUGUUUUCUAGUUCUUUUUGCUGGUCUUAUGUCUGGUUUAACUCUCGGAUUGAUGUCUCUUAGUCUUGUUGAUUUAGAGAUUCUUAAGCGUAGUGGAACUCCUUCUGAACAAAAGCAAGCUGCUCUUAUCCUUCCUGUUGUUCAAAAGCAGCACCAACUUCUUGUGACAUUGCUUCUUUGUAAUGCAGCGGCCAUGGAGGCACUUCCUAUAUACCUGGACAAGAUGUUUAAUCAGUAUGUGGCUAUUAUUCUCUCGGUAACAUUGGUUCUAGGUUUUGGAGAGGUUAUUCCUCAAUCUAUAUGCACUAGAUAUGGACUUGCUGUUGGUGCAAAUUUUGUAUGGCUAGUGCGCAUAUUGAUGAUUGUUUGCUAUCCAAUUUCUUAUCCAAUUGGAAAGAUGUUGGACUGCUUACUAGGACAUAAUGAAGCACUUUUUAGGAGAGCUCAAUUAAAAGCACUAGUGUCCAUCCACAGCCAAGAGGCUGGAAAGGGUGGUGAACUUACUCAUGACGAGACAACCAUUAUCAGUGGAGCGCUAGAUUUGACAGAGAAGACUGCUCAGGAGGCAAUGACACCCAUUGAGUCAACCUUUUCCUUGGAUGUCGAUUCUAAGUUGGACUGGGAAGCGAUGGGAAAGAUCCUAGCUCGUGGGCAUAGCCGAGUACCUGUCUAUUCUGGGAAUCCAAAAAACAUUAUUGGACUUCUUUUGGUUAAAACUCUGCUGACAGUACGGCCUGAAACAGAGACUCCUGUAAGUGCAGUUUCCAUCCGAAGAAUUCCAAGGGUUCCUGCAGACAUGCCUUUGUAUGACAUAUUGAAUGAAUUCCAGAAAGGUCACAGUCAUAUGGCAGCGGUGGUGAAAGGGAAAAAGAAGAGUAUUGCUGAUUUACGUGUUAUUGAUGUUGAAAAAUCUAAUCAGUCUAAAGUCACAGACUUCAAGUCUGAUUUAGUUGCUCCUUUACUAUCCAAGAAAAAUGACAAUUCUGAGAGUAUAAUAGACAUUGAGAAAAUCUCAAAAGACAAGCAGAAUUUACCACAGGACAAUGCAUUAUCAAAUUCUACGCCUUACACCGUAGAGGAUAUUGAAGAGGGGGAAGUUAUCGGCAUUAUCACCCUUGAAGAUGUGUUUGAAGAACUUUUGCAGGAGGAGAUAGUAGAUGAAACAGAUGAAUUUGUUGAUGUUCAUAAACGGAUACGUGUCGCUGCAGUUGCAGCUGCUUCUUCCGUUGCACGAGCUCCAUCUUAUCGGAGGUUAACCAGCCAAAAGAAUUUGAUUCAAGGAAGCCAAAAUAGGCAAGGACAAAGUGCAAAGAAGCUCAGUGAAGAUAAUUCAGCUUCAACAAAUUGAUUACUUGCCUCUUGAGUCUCGAUCAAGCUUGGCCAUGACAAGUGAUGUUUAUUUAACUUUUAUAUCCUUCACUUCCGAGUCCUUACUAUUCCUAUAAAUAUUGAUCAUAGCAAUUAAAUAUAGAACUAUGCUGCUGCGAAAUUUUGUAUCUUGGUCUUUGUAUUAGAAUGUAGAGAGUAAAAUAUGUGCUGUGCUUGGUGGCCGUAGAUACUAAAUCAGAGGUGCCCAUCAUGUUGGCUGAUUCUUUCAACCGAAACAAACGUCUGUAUCAUUUCCUACUAUCUAUUUUAUAAAGCAUUCUGAAUUUAGCAUUAGUUUAACGCUAGUUA